CUACGUAUACACUAAAACUUUCACUUUCGCGGUUCCUACUCACUCACCGCCGGGAUGUCGCCGGUGGCCGGACCACACGCCCCUCUCCUCCAAGGAUCCAAGAACGUUCCGCCGGCGACCGUGCCGGGCGCCGUGUUCAAUGUCGCCAACAGCAUAAUCGGCGCCGGGAUCAUGUCUCUGCCGGCGACGCUCAAGGUUCUGGGCGUGGUUCCGGCGCUGGCGCUGAUUCUGGUGGUUGCGUUUCUGGCGGAAGUUUCGGUGGAGUUUCUGAUGCGGUUCACACGUGCGGGGCAAACGACGACGUAUGCGGGCGUGAUGAGAGAGGCCUUUGGACCCUUGGGAGCAGUCGCAGCUCAAGCUGCUGUUGUCAUCACAAAUCUCGGAUGUUUAAUUAUGUACCUUAUUAUUAUUGCGGAUGUGUUUUCUGGGAAUCAACGCGAAGGGGAAGUGCACUUGGGUGUUCUGCAACAGUGGUUUGGAAUUCACUGGUGGAAUUCGCGCCAAUUUGCUCUUUUCCUUGUCUCAGUCUUCGUGUUGCUUCCGUUGGUUCUGUUCCGUCGUGUAGAGUCAUUGAAGUUCAGUUCUGCAGUAUCAACUUUCCUUGCUGUGGCCUUUGUUACAAUAUGUACUGUGUUGGCAAUAGUGGCUAUUGUAGAAGGAAAGACAGAGUCCCCUAGAUUGUUUCCUUCUUUGGACCGCCAUACCUCUUUCUUCGAUCUGUUUACUGCAGUUCCAGUCAUAGUCACAGCCUACACGUUUCAUUUUAAUGUGCAUCCAAUUGGGUUUGAGCUUUCCAAGCCAUCUGAGAUGAAAACUGCUGUUCGAAUAGCAUUGCUGUUUUGUGCUCUCAUUUACUUUUCCAUUGGCCUAUUUGGGUACCUCUUGUUUGGGGAUUCAACACAAUCUGAUAUUCUCGUGAAUUUUGACCAGAAUGCUGGUUCUGCAAUUGGUUCCUUGCUCAAUAUUUUAGUCCGUUUGAGCUAUGCAUGCCAUGUUACGUUGGUUUUCCCUCUCCUCAACUUCUCUCUGAGAACCAACAUAGAUGAAUUCUUGUUCCCCAAGAAGCCUCUGCUGGCCACUGACAGCAAGAGAUUUAUAAGCCUCACUCUUGUGCUGCUAGUCUUAAGCUACACUGCUGCUAUUUUAGUACCAGAUAUUUGGUACAUCUUUCAGUUUGUGGGAUCAACUUCCGCAGUGUGCCUUGCCUUUGUCUUCCCUGGUUCAAUUGUUCUAAGAGAUUUUCACGGUAUAUCAACAAGAAGGGACAAAAUUAUUGCGCUCGUGAUGGUUAUAGUAGCUGUAAUAACAAGUGUGAUUGCUAUCUCCACCAACGUAUACAAAGCUAUUCAGUAAAUUAGUAUUUUCUUUUUUCCUUUUCUAUUUUGCCUCAUAAAGAAAUUUUGAUUAGGGGAGAAGGAGAGAGAGAGAGAGAGUUCUAGACGCAUUUGAUAAUUGAUGGUUGAGAUUCUGGGGUUGAUGAGAUUGGUUUGGAUGUCAUUAUCAUUUGUCUGUUGUAAAAUUCGUAUUUGUAGAACUGAACAGCUAUGUAAAAUGUAAAAUACCAAGCAUGCAUAUAAAAUGAGAUCCAAAGUUACGGUGAAAAAGGGCAUGCAAAUAAUGCGAGAUCCAAAUUAAAUGUUGAAAAGUGACAAAGUAUGGCGACCAAUAGCAUUAUCAUGCAAGAAUUCCAAGUACAAAUACACCGCGUGUUGACAUAUUGGUGGUAGCUGGUAGUCUGGUACCCAUAAUGAUAACAGAUCAUAUUUUAGUCCUAUUCACUGUCAAUGGUUCAUGUAUUUAUUCAUUGUAUGUUUCGUCACUUGGUCCAUCAA